GCCACUGCCCCUUCGAGGGAGUGCCUUGUCCCAGACACCCACCCCACUCAGUGGCUCCUCUGCAGGAAAGGCCAGGAUUUAAAUUUGCCUCAACAAUGGAAGAUGUUAACUGGGAGGACUUCAGCAUUGAAGAUUUCUUCGAUGGAGACUUUAGUAAUUACAGUUACGGCACUGACCUGCCCCAUAUUCUACCAGAUUCUGCCCCAUGCCGGCCAGAAUCCCUGGAAAUCAGCAAGUGUAUCCUGGUCGUCAUCUAUGCCCUGGUGUUCCUGCUGAGCCUGCUGGGAAACUCCCUGGUGAUGCUGGUCAUCUUGUACAGCCGCGUCGGCCGCUCUGUCACCGACGUCUACGUGCUGAACCUGGCCAUGGCCGACCUGCUCUUCGCCCUGACCUUGCCCAUCUGGGCCGCCUCCAAGGUGAAUGGCUGGAUUUUUGGCACAGCCCUGUGCAAGCUGGUGUCGCUCCUGAAGGAAGUCAACUUCUACAGUGGAAUCCUCCUGCUGGCCUGCAUCAGCGUGGACCGCUACCUGGCCAUUGUCCACGCCACACGCGCUCUCACCCAGAAGCGCCACCUGGUCAAGUUUGUAUGUUUGGGCAUAUGGGCCCUGUCCCUGUGCCUGUCUCUCCCCAUCGUAAUUUUCCGUAGGGCCAUCUACCCGCCCUCCUCUAGCCCAGUCUGCUAUGAGGACAUGGGCAACAGCACAGCAAAGUGGCGGAUGGUGCUGCGGAUCCUGCCCCAGACCUUCGGCUUUGUCCUGCCCCUGCUGGUCAUGCUGUUCUGCUACGGAUUCACCCUGCGCACGCUGCUUAAGGCCCACAUGGGGCAGAAGCACCGGGCCAUGCGGGUCAUCUUUGCUGUGGUCCUCGUCUUCCUGCUCUGCUGGUUGCCCUACCACCUGGUCCUGCUCACAGACACCCUCAUGAGGACACAUGUCAUUGCAGACACCUGUAAACGCCGCAAUGCCAUUGACCAGGCCCUGGAAGCCACCAUCAUUCUGGGCUUCCUCCACAGCUGCCUCAACCCCAUCAUCUACACCUUCAUUGGCCAAAAGUUUCGCCAUGGACUCCUCAAGAUCCUGGCCACCCGUGGCCUGGUCAGCAAGGAGCUCUUGCCCAAGGACAGCAGGCCUUCCUUUGCUAGCUCUGCUUCAGGGAACACGUCCACUCCCCUCUGACACAGCAGACCCUUGGGGCUCCUCCCUCCCCCCAGCGACCCCUUCCAAGCCCCAAAUCCACUGGCUGCUCAUGGUGUGAGUGUCACUGCAGCCCCAUUGUGGUUGCAGGAAGGGGCAGAGGCCCUGUCCUUACCAGGCCCCCACUGCGUAGUUUAGAAAGUCUGCCCUGGUGCCCCCCCUUGCCCUCAUCACUAGGCCAGCGCUAGAGCUCUGUCCAUCCUGCCACUGGCCACGGCACUCUGCUUUGUAAGAAGUGCCCAUCAAAGCCACAGUGAGAUGCCACGUUACACCCGCUAAGAUGGCUCUUAUCACACACACACACAAAACCUCAUGAAACAGUAAGUGUUGGGGAGCAUGUAGAGAAACUGGAAUCCUUGUGUGUUGCUGCUAGAAAUGUAAACGGGGCAGUCACUAUGGAAACACUGUGACAGCUUUCAUCAAAACAGUGAACAGAGAAUCACCACGUGAUCCAGCAAUUCCACUUCUAAGAAUGUCCCCACAGGAGUUGAAAGCAGGG